AUGACUAUCGAAACGCAAGAGUUUCCUCGCGGAGACUUUUACAUCAAGUCGGUGGCUUCCCCCUCUGGGACUUCUACAACCGCUGCCCCCGCUCAGAAUUUAGUUAUCGACCUUGAACGUGGUUUCUGGAGUGGUUCCAAGAGUAUCCUUGCACGUCAAAAGAGUAACACUGAUCACGAUCAAAAUCAAUUAUGGAGAUACGACAACGGCUGGAUAGUCCACAAGAGUUCGAACAAUGUCCUCGAGGUUGAAGGCGGCAAAGUCGGUGGUCGUCUCGUCUUUAACGCGCGAAAAACUCUUGCUAAUGCCAACAACCAGCGAUGGAUUUUCACGAAAGAAGGUCAUCUCGCUUUACAAAACAAUCCGCAGCUCGUGUUAGACAUCAAGGGCACCGUAAAAGAGACUGCGCAAAUCGUGUUGGCCGACACUACUUCCAAGGCUUUCGGAAAAAGUGGCAAGUCUGCAAUUUGGGUUACGAUACCUAUCAACACACCUAAAUCUGCCAAUGCUAUUGGUGUAUUGAGAAUCGAGUUUGUUCAAGCAAAGGACGUUUUGAAUGUUGACAAUUGGGUUCCUGGAGGCAAAUCGGAUCCUUAUGUUCGCGUCUUUCCACAUGGAAGCAACAAUAUCAUUGCUACUACCAGAGUCAUCGACGAUGAUUUGAAUCCUGUUUGGAAUGAAGUUCAUUAUCUGCCAAUAAAACAACUUAACGAGAAAUUUAUAUUCGAAUUGAUGGAUUUUAACACUUUCACGAAACAUAAGACUCUCGGCAAGAUAACUUUCCAAGUUACUGAUGAACUUGUCAAAUUGGUCAAGGGUGCAUAUGUAGGCACCGAGAAAGGUAUCGACAGAUGGGAAAAACUACCAAAGAAGGGACAGCUUCACUACCGCGCCAAAUUCUUCCCUCUAUCGACUCUUCAUCAACCUGGUCCAGACUUUAUUGAAAAUCUUCGCAAAAAACCAUACGAUCUAUCGGCAUUCUACGCUCUUCUUUUCCACCAAGAACCAAAUGGUAGUUUCUUGGCGUCAGAUAAAUUGGCCAAUUUGUUUGGUUUGGAAACAGGAACUCUUCUUGUUCAAGCCUUCAAAGCCGAGUGUAAGGACGAGAGGGCGCAAAAGCUGAGUGAAGCCGUUUGGGUCACGAGUAUGGUUAUCUGGUUUUUGAAGCUUCUGUUGAAAGACUACCAAAGCGAAUGGAGUGGUGUCUAUGAUCGCGCGGAACGAUAUAUUAGUGAAAAAGCUAACAAUCUGGAAGUGGAAGAAGUUGUUUUCAUCGCCGGUGGAAAUACUGUCAGCAAGCUGUUUAACAUCUCGCUAGAUCAAAGCUCUUUGUUAACGAGGCCAACCCGCAAAACCGUGAAAAUUAGCCACAUUCGUCGUACCUUCCAGUACCAAAGCAGUAAUGGUGCCUUCAAGAUAGAUGAUGAUUUGGCCAAGCUCGUUGGUUUCAAGAAUUCAGAAAACCUUCGUAAUAGCAUCAACGAUGCAGUUGCUAAGCGCAAAUUAAGCGCAAGGAUAACUCAACUCGAAACGCAUGUCUGGGUUACUAUUUUCAUGCUUUAUUAUUAUCGCUACGUGGCUAUAGAUCACCGGCAAAUUUGGAUUAACAGCUAUUGGUCGGCUUACCGAUGGCUUUGGGCUCAAUUUGGAAACAAGGAGGCAGUUGAAAUCGAUGCAUUCCGCGUCGUAAAAGAAAUUGCUAUUAGCCAUUAUUCUGUCGACACAGAAACAGUAAACCUUGACGUUACUUGGGAAAAAGAAAUUGCAUCGCAAAAGGUCGACACCCGCGAAGGCAGAACUCAGAGUACACGAGAACUUGUCGCCAAGAAGCUUCUCGGUAUUGCACGUAUUCAUAUUGUCAGCGCAAAGAAACUCCCCUCAGCUGAUUGGUGGUUCAGUGGUGGAAAAUCUGACCCAUAUGUUAAGAUUACCAAUGCACAUUCCGGCUGGCAAAUUGGAAAGACGCAAACAAUCUAUAAUAACAACUCACCGCGAUGGAACGAAAUCUUUUACAUUCCAGUAUACGAAAUUAAAGACAAGUAUACGCUUACCGUUUACGACUAUAACGCAUUACUCAGCGACACGCUCUUGGGCUUGUACAGUCUAGAAUUGAAAGACUUUGUCAAGCUUUGCGCGGAUGGCCAUGUUGAAGGCAAGCACAUUGACAAAUACGUGGACCUCAGAUACAAGGGAUCUAAGAAAGGACAGUUGCACGUUAUCUGUGACUUUUAUUCAUUCACCGACUUUGACGUGGACGAUGGAGCUAAAAUUGAUAUCAGCACUAUAAAUAUUCGUCACUUGUUCCUUCUCAUCACACUCCAGCGUCAAGAUGCGAGGAACACAAACGUAUGGUUGCCACUACGGUUCAACGGACAAUUAUCACUCGACGUAUCAUCACCGUCCGCAUCGUUCGCCGCUUCGUCUCAUAUCAAAGUGAAACCGGUUCAUACGAACACAAUCAAAAGAUCUCAGAGUUGCUCGGAUACGAAAGCGUUGAAGAGUCUAAGCAACACUUGGACAAACACUACUCUUCGUACUCCAAGACAACCACGGUUAAGUAAAGACAAGAUAACCGAGGAAGACCGUAAGAAGUUGGCACGCGAAGUUGAGGAAGAAACUGAAACCGAAACCGAAUCGGGUGGUAUAAUCGGUAUUGUCAGAUUAAAGAUUAGUCGUGCAAAGGACCUUUCAAAGAGCAGCAGUUUCCUUACAACAACAGAUCCCUAUGUCCGUAUUAUCGAUGGUUCCGCUAAAGAAGUUGCUACCACAGUAGUUGCUCGUUCUACUAGAAAUCCAGUGUGGGAAGAA